UGAACUCCUGCAUAGAACCACCACCAUGGGAUGAAUAUGGCCACCAUCAAGGCCAUCGAAGCUCGUUCGGUCCACCAAAUCCAAUCUGGUCAAGUGAUUGUCGACCUUUGCUCCGUCGUGAAGGAGCUGGUGGAGAACAGUCUGGAUGCUGGAGCGACAUCUCUAGAUAUCCGAUUCAAGAACAACGGGCUGGAUUUAAUCGAGGUGCAAGACAAUGGAAAGGGAAUAUCCCCAGACGACUAUGAGACAGUUGCUUUAAAGCACUACACCUCAAAGCUGUCGAAAUUCGAUGAUUUAUCCUCCCUCCAAACCUUCGGAUUCCGUGGCGAAGCCUUGUCUUCCCUCUGCGCCCUCUCCAACUUCCAUAUUAUUACCGCCCAAGCACACCAAACUCCCAAAGCCUCGAGGUUGGAAUUUGAGACUUCUGGAAGGCUUAAAAGCAAACAGGUGGUGGCAGGCCAAAAGGGAACAAUUACAUCAGUCGAGAACCUUUUCACCAAACUUCCCGUGCGACGACUGGAGUUGCAGAAGAAUAUCAAAAGAGAAUAUGGCAAGGUACUGGGCUUGUUGCAUGCCUAUGCGUGCGUCAGCACUGGUGUUCGAUUUAAUGUCAAAAACCAAAUGCCUAAAGGGAAGAGUGUCCUUGUUUUUGCAACUCAAUCCAACGCCACGACAAAGGAAAAUAUAUCCAACAUAUAUGGAGCUAAAACGCUCCUCUCUUUGACGCCUCUUGACCUCGAGUUGGAAUUUCAGCCGAGUGGAACGGGAAGAUGUUUAAUCGGGGGUGGUUCUAAUGAAGGAAACAAAAUACUCGUGCAAGGCCAUAUUUCGAAACCGGUUUUCGGGGAGGGCAGGCAGACCCCCGACCGCCAGAUGUUUUUCGUCAAUUCCCGCCCAUGCGCUCUACCGCAAAUUGCAAAGGCAUUCAAUGAGGUUUAUAAAUCUUUUAACAUCUCUCAGUCCCCAUUCAUCUUUGCCGACUUUAAAAUGGAUACGAAUUCUUACGACGUUAAUGUGUCACCUGAUAAACGCACCAUUUUGCUCCAUGAUGCCGGCGCGCUAAUAGAGUCAUUGAAGACGUCUUUGACUGAGUUAUUUGAACGUCAAGAUCAGACAGUCCCGCAUUGUCAGGCUUCUCGGAAACAAUCUAUGCUGCAGUAUCCUCAGAGCACAAAUAUCCCUUCCAGUCUUGGCUCUGAGAAACCUGCAAAAUCAAGCGAGCCGAGACAAUCUGAGGAUCUUGGGCAAGUUGAUGGAAGUGACGAGGAAGAUGAGCAAAGAACGAUGAGAACUUUCGUACAACGCUUUGCCGGUCGUAGUAACGCUUCAGACGAGAUUCCUGAAACCCAGCAGAAUGUGGAGGUCGGGGUGUUGCCUCUGUCUGCAGAACAAUACUCAACCGCCAACGAGAGUGUUCCGCAACCGAGAAAUAUAUCUCCCGGGGCUAACGAAAUCUUAUCUUCCCAAUCUCAAUCGUGUGAUAAUGAAAAGAGCACGACGGCAUCCCCUUCCACCCAGCUUUCAGAUAAGUCUGCGGAAAAUUGGGCUAACUCAGGCUUUACUCGUGCAUCCUCGCUUCUACGACAAGAACCGCUGCAUUCAGUACAAACCUGCUCCCCGCAACAUUCCCCCAAUGUGAUCCAGAACGCUUUCGAUCGAAUGCGCCCAAGUAGACCACCUGUCGAACUCGCAACUAUUACGGUAGGAAAACGAACUGUCACGUCCACUAUAGGUAGAGAACAGUUCAAGCGGAAAUUGGGUGCAACGAGUUUGGGAGGUUCAGCCCCUCGACCCAAACGACGAAUUCACGUUUCAACUAGCAAGAGCAAACUAGGGCAAGGUUUACGAUUGUUUGCGGCACCAGACACCAAAGUGGAUGACGAUCUGGAAAGCAUCAGUGGCGAAGAUGAACAAGCCGCUGUGGAGACUGCAUCAGAAGUCGAGUCUCUGUCUGAUCACCAUGCUGAAGAAUUUGAUGAAAUGCACCCCGAACGGGAAAGCGAGCUCGAGUAUGAAGAGGACGCCGGAAAACACGGAGAAGGCGAGAUGGAAGAAACAGGGCCCACGGAGCCACAUGAUGAAGCCGAAGCCUCCGACUCCGACACGAGCUAUGUGGACGAACAAGAGGAAAAGGCUAGGGAAGAAGCGAGAGUUGCAGAGUUGAUACAAGCAGCGGAAGAGAAGGCGGCAAUUCCUUCAGACGAUACUAUCCAUAGAGUCAACAGAAUAUCGAAACGGUCCAUUGGUAGAACAUCCACAGUCGAUCUGGUAGGAUGUAUAGAUGGGUCAUUGGCCAGGAUCGAGGCUCAUAUGAAGUUGCUUCAAGAGGGACUGCAGAAUAUCAACAACAUCAGUUCUACCACGAGUGAGGGAGAGAUUACUCAGGAACCAGGAGAACUAGAGUCAGCAGAAACACAACUAUCCCUCUCGGUCUCCAAAGAAGACUUCGCCAAAAUGCGCAUUAUCGGUCAAUUCAACCUGGGAUUUAUCAUUGCAACACGACCACGCGGGGACUCAAACAACCCAUCAACCCUCCCAGGCCACAAACAUGACGAAGUAUUUAUAAUUGACCAACAUGCAUCGGAUGAAAAGUACAACUUCGAACGUCUCCAGGCCGAGACAGUUGUGCAAAACCAACGACUCGUUAAGCCAAAGACCCUCGAACUAACGGCUGUUGAAGAGGAAAUCAUAAUAGACAAUCUUCCAGCCCUGGAAAAGAACGGCUUUGUUGUAGAAGUGGACAGGAGUGGCAACGAGCCCAUCGGACGCCGAUGCAAACUUACCAGCCUACCACUCAGCAAGGAAGUGGUCUUUAACACAGGAGAUCUUGAGGAGUUAAUCGUUCUACUUGGUGAAGCGCCGCAAAUACAAACGCAAUCUGCACCAUCUCCCACCUCCGGUUCCGAUGUCUUUGCUGGCAAAUAUAUUCCUCGUCCAAGUAAAGUUCGCAAGAUGUUCGCGAUGAGAGCGUGCCGUUCUAGUAUUAUGAUUGGGAAGACGCUUACAACCAAGCAAAUGGACCGGGUUGUGAGACAUAUGGGGAUGAUUGAUAGGCCAUGGAAUUGCCCCCAUGGGCGUCCGACCAUGAGACAUCUUAUGAGUUUGGGGGAUUGGAGCGUAUGGGAUGAAUGGGAGUCUGCGACACAGUUAGCAUUAGAGAAUUGCGGCGAUGUGCACGCAAGUACCGGAUUAGAUGUUUGGAAGCGAUUCCUAAGUGACUUAGACGAGGAUUAAACCCGGGUUUGCGGUGUUUUAUUAGGGAGACCGCCUUUUUUUUUUUUUUU